AUGUGGAGCCGGAGGUCGCCGCCGGCGCUCCCAAGAAGAGGACGUUCCGCAAGUACAGCUACCGCGGCGUCGACCUCGAUGCGCUGCUUGACAUGUCCACCGACGACCUCGUCCAGCUCUUUCCGCGCGCGCCAGGAGAAGAGGGGUUUGAAGAGGAAGCCGAUGGCGCUCAUCAAGAAGCUGCGCAAGGCGAAAAAGGAUGCUCCUGCUGGUGAGAAGCCAGAGCCAGUGAAGACCCAUCUCCGCAACAUGAUCAUUGUUCCUGAGAUGAUUGGAAGCAUUGUCGGUGUCUACAAUGGCAAGACCUUCAACCAGGUUGAGAUCAAGCCUGAGAUGAUUGGCCACUAUCUCGCAGAGUUCUCCAUCUCCUACAAGCCGGUCAAGCACGGUAGGCCCGGUAUCGGUGCCACCCACUCGUCGCGGUUUAUCCCUCUCAAAUGA